CAUGGAGCGCCGUUACCUUCCUGCCGGAGCGGGACCUAUUGAUCUACUCACAUUGGCAUGUUUUCGAACUGCUAGGUUGGCAGGAGCUGGGGCUAACAGCGGCCGCUCCCGCUGCUCCUGGGGUUUGAACCUGGGGCCUUUCGGUCUGCAAGUUCAGCAGCUCAGUGCUUUAACACACUUCGCCACCGGGGCUCCUUAGGUAUUCUUAUCAUAGCAUAAGCAUUAAACACCCACAUGAAUAGUAACAUUGCACAAUGCAUGUCAAUGCACAAUCUGCAAUGUGAAACCAGUGGAGGUUGACCAUAUAGCUGUGCUGGAGGACCCACAGGUAUGUUUUCUCUAGUAAUAUCUAGGUCCUACAGCAUAACUCUAUAGUCAACUGGUUAAGCGAAAACAACAACAGCAUGACGAAAAAGCAGCAGCAGUGGUUGAAAGAGAAGACUAAAUGGUCAGCCGUGGAAUAUAUUGCUUGGACCCAAACCAUGUAGGGCUUUAAAAGUCAAAACUAACACCUUGCAUUUUGCCCGAAAAAUAAUUAGCAGCCAGUGUAGUGACUUUAAAGGUAAAGGAAGGUUUCCCCUGACGUUAAAUCCAGUUGUGUCCGACUCUGGGGGUUGGUGCUCAUCUCCAUUUCUAACCCGAAGAGCCAGCGUUGUCCGUAGACACCUCCAAGGUCAUGUGGCUGGCAUGACUGAAUGGAGCCCGCCAGAGCGGUACCUAUUGAUCUACUCACAUUGGCAUGUUUUCGAACUGCUAGGUUGGCAGAAGCUGGAACAACAGCGGGCGCUCACUCUGCUCCCCGGAUUUGAACCUGGGACCUUUUGGUCCGCAAGUUCAGCAGCUCAGCGCUUUUACACACUGAGCCACCGGAGGCUCCUGACUUUAGGAGUGACUUUAGGAUAUGCUUACUCCUAGAUGUUCCUGUUACCAAUCUGGCUGUUGAAUUUUGAGCCAACUGGAGUUUUUGAACUUGGUACAAAGGCAGCCCAAUGUAGAGCACACUGCAGAAGUCCAACCUUGAGGUUACCAGUGCAUGCAGUACCAUCUUCAGGUCCUCCAAAUCUAGGUAGGGACGCUUUUGGCAUAUUAGCCAAAGGUUAUAGUAAGCGCUCCUGACCGUCACAUCUACCUGGACUGAUAUUUGGAGAGACUGAUCCAGGAACACUCUCAAGUUGUGAACACAGUCUUUUGGGUGAAGUGUAACCCCAUCCAGGACUAGUUGACACACCUCCAUCGCCAGAUUAGGACCCUUAUUUACUGUUCUGAUUUUGGAGUUUUUUUAAUACUGGUAGCCACCAGGUUCAUUUUCAUGGUUUCCUCCUUUCUAUUGAGGCAAGCACCUCUGUUUUGUUUGGAUUCAUUUUCAAUUUGUUUUUCCUCACCCAGCCCACUACCUCCUUCAUAAAUUCAUUCAGAGGAGACACACUAUCCUUAGCUGAAGUUGUUUUGGAAGGCAUGGGGAAAUAUAUUUGGAUGUCAUCAUCAUAUUACACUCAAUACUACCAAGUGUUUCCAUAGAAUAUUACCAAGACAAAGAACAACUUUAGUAGAGGAACUAAAGAGAACUCUGUUUUUACAACUGGUUACAGCCACCUUAGAUCCCAUCCUGGGAUAAAGGAGGGAUAUAUAUUCAGUCAGUCAGUCAAUCAAUCAAUCAAUCUGUGUGAGUGUUGAAAGUCUUUGCAGUAUGUGUCUCUUUUUAAAUGGCUGGCCUCUAUUAUUUUCUGCAAUUCCCAAUGUACAGAUGAGGUGAUAGUGGGAAUGGUAGGAUGGAUUUUUGUUAAAAGGCCCAGUCAACCAAGAAAUAAUCUUGCCCAUAGAAAUGGAAUAUCUCCAUGGAGAUCGAGUUUCUUUUUGUGCAUAGAAACUUCACCAGAGCAUUAAUUUGUUUCUGGAAGAGAAAUCCUGGUAGACAGGGACAGAUGAUUUUUCUGUAUUUAAUAUUCAUGGGGGGAGGGGGAGUAAAUAAAAUGUAGGUUUGGAUUACUGAUGUACAUGCAUAAAUCUGAACAUACUGUUGUGUUCAGAUAAGAAUUUUACUUUCCCUGGACAUUGACUACUGUCUGACAGAGAGUGGGACAAGUAUAAAAAUUGAUUUUUCCCAAAUUAUUGCAGGACAGGCAAUGUUAAUACAGUGGAAUAAUAUUCAACAGUCUUUACAUAGCUGAUGACUACAUCUCCACUUUUCUUCCUACUCAACAGAAAAAAAAAUAUGCAGCUCUUGUGACCAACUCUUUAAGACACAGGUGUUGUUUGCAAACUAGAGAGAUCCCUAUAAUCUUUGCAGCUGGGUGUGCUUGACCUGGUGUUGGAAGCCAAAGUCAGUUUUUAAAAUAAGUAUGCUAGCAAAAUGCCUAUUAACCUUGCAAUAUAAAUGUGCAUGGAAAAAUAACCAUAGUUCGUUAUUUAUGAGGAAAGACCAAAUGUUGCAUCUUUCCCAUACUUAUUAUUUUCACACCCAGCACAUGUGCUGAGCCUUAGUAGAAACAAGGAGGCACAGCCUCUGGCCUUAUAUUGCCUGCAAUUUAAUUUUGAACCUGGCAGAAGGAAGGACAAAAGGAAGGCACAGGAAUAUUUGGAAGCCUCUGAGCCAUGUUUCUCCUACAAAAUUCUUCUUGCUGCUAUCUUAUGGACAGGGAGCAAUGCAGUCAUGCAGGAGAUGAUGCUGGCGUCCUGGAUGUGGAAUCCCCUGCUCCACUCCCUUUCAGGGCUGGAGGACCCAUUAAGAUGGUCUGCCCCAGGAGGCUUAUGGAUCCAGAAGGAUUCCUGAUGGCUCUUGGGAAAUUUCCCAUCAUUGAGCUAAACCACAUGGGGGAAGCUGCCAUGAGGAGUAAGUGUGCCUUCUCUAUGGACAGAAUUUUUCAGGUUCUGUCCCAGACAAUUGAAACAUCUAGUCACACACCAGCUGCCAUACGAACCUACUUCAAAGGAUCAUUCCUAUGGGGAGAAAAGUGGGAUAAAAAAGCUUACAGCUUUUAAUGAAGGGAAGACCUUUGAUUUCCAGAGUUGAAUCUAGGUAAUAUCUGCAAGUUCUACUGAAGGCUGUAUGGCCAUGUUCCAGAAGUAUUCUCUCCUGACGUUCCACCCACAUCUAUGGCAGGCAUCCUCAGAGGUGGUGAGGCAUCCUCAGAGGCGACAACACUACCAUCUUUGUUUCUUGAGUCUUGCACUCAUUGUCUCCUAUGGAACUGGACACGUGAAUUAAUCAAAGAUUCAUCUGUAUAUCCACAUCACCACUUCCUCCAGGUUUGUACUAUCCUAGGGGCAGCGGAUUGGUUCUUCAAACUGUCCAACUACACACUGUUUUUCUUCCCACCACAGGAAUUUUCUCCUGCAGGCUUUGACAUCAGGGGAACCCCCAAGCAAUCCCAAUAUGGAUACUAGCCUACCUCUCUUUUCAGCCAAUCAGGAGAGGAAGUGGGAAUUCUGAAAAGCUGUCAAAACUGCAAAAAUGUCAUGUAUUUUUCUGUGAAUUUGUGCUUGUACCUUUGAAAGUGCAUUGCUUGCACUUGCAUCCUAUUUGGUCAAGUCAUAAUAAACCUCUGUGGCACUGCCUUCAACCUGGAGCACUUGUUUUUAACCUGGGAGAAAACGUGGAGGCAGUGACAGACUUUAUAUUUCUAGGUGCGAAGAUCACUGCAGAUGCAGACUGCAGCCAGGAAAUCAGAAGACGUUUACUUCUUGGGAGGAGAGCAAUGGCCAACCUUGACAAAAUAGACGACUAAACGACUGAGCAGCAGCAGCAGAUCUAGUUUAGUGGAAGUUUGCCGGGCAUGGACUUCCUUAUCCACGAUCCUAGCUGAAAUCUCUACAAUGCCUGUUGCAAUUUUGUGGCCCAGUUCUGCAUAAAUGAAUUUUAUUCAUUCCAGUAGCACUUGUGUUUGGAUAACAGUUUGAAAGACUGUAAGCCAUCCAAUCAUCCAACUGCUGUUACAUACAAAGAGGUCCUGGCCUGCCCAAACAACCCAAAACAGAAAGAGGUGCACUGGAUGCCCUAAAUAUAGCCUAAGAAACACUGAAUAAAAGAGAAGCACUGAAGAUUACAAUUUAUCAGACUAAAACUGAUAAUAGAUUGUUUGAAAUGGAUUAAGAUGAAUGAGGUUUAAAUAUGUAGGAGGCUUGUGAAAUUCAAUGUCAUAAGAAUGUGUUUCAGAGAGAAAUCUUUCAUAGGAUUAUGAAGUGGAUUAACACAAUUUAAUGCAAAUGAAAACAACAGGAAUAUUCUAGAGAUCUGCAACUGUAGUCCAAGGAGGGCCCAGACAGAUUGGUAUAAUAUGAAAAAAUAGUUUAGCCAACAAGUGAACACUUUUCUAUGUGUAAAUAACACAGUACUAAAACAGUGAUGUAUCAUACCACUUGAAUCAGUUGGAAGGAUAUCCAUGGGCCAGAGGCAAUCAUUACUAUUAAAGAUGGCAUUGUUGUUGUGUGCAUUCAAGUAAUUUUCAAAUUACAGUGACCCUAAAGUAAACCUAUCACACAGUUUUCUUGGCAAAAUAUUUGUUUAGAGAGCAGUUUCAUUUGCCUUCUUCUGAGGCUGAAAGAACAUGACUUGCCCAACUUCAUCCAGGGGGUUUCUGUGGUCAAAUGGUUUCCAGACUUGUAGACCAAUGCCCAGACCACUACACACACUCUCAACCUCAGAGAAGGAAAAAGGUAAAAACAAAAACAAAAAAAAACCCUCUGACAAAUCUUGCCAAGAAAAUCAUCUUGGAGUUGCCAUAAGUUGAGAUGACUUGAAAGCACCCAACAACAAUGGUAAAACAUAUUGAAAUUUGUUUAUAUAUAAAUCAAAAUUUAUAACCAUUAAUCGAAUAUACAUGGAGGUAGUACUGGAUGGCACCCUACUGGUUAGUUCCCAUUACAGUUGACCGAUUCAAUUAAUUAUUGAAUGGUAAAUUAGCGCAUGGUUACUUUGAUUGAAUGGGUCUACUCAAGUCAAGACUUUGAGUAGGAUAUAGGCUAUUAUUUGUUAAUCAUGAAUGGUGAGGAUUUGAUAAAAUUUAUUAAAUUAUAGAUUAAUUACAUCCUAUUUUAAUCUAUUUUGAAUAUCUGAAGCUAUUUUGUUGUUUUUACAGCUAAUAAAAAGAUACCCUUUAAAAAGAAAUAUUAAACAAAUCUUCCUGCAAAUGCAACCCAAAAACAUUUGGCCAACCUGAGAAGUGAAAUGUGAAAACAGACCAAGAUUGGUAGGCUAAAAGAAAAAUGAAAAAUAAAAAUGCUACAAAACCA